AUGAUGGAGGAGCAACAGCAGCGGCAGCAGCAAACGCAGGGCUACAACAUUGCCUUCGUCGGCUCCGUGGGCAUUACGGAGAUCCCGCCACACUCCAUCCAGACGUACCUCAUCGACGAGGAGGUUCUGCAGGCGGGCGUUCGCUCCGCCAAGAUGUUCGCCGAAGAGAGCGAGGACGACGUCUCUGUGGAGUUCGCGGUUCCAGCGCGCAGAGCGUUGGAUGGUGAGCCGUCGGAGUGGCGGAGCGGCAUUGCUGAGGCCGUCUCCCUGUUCCGCCCGGCGGCCUGGGCCGCCCUUGCGGUGGACGUGGUCGCGGCGGCUACGCUGCCGCUGCUGGCGGGCAUGGCGGCUUCGAUGCUGCUGCGGGAGAGGCGAAUGUGGCGAGACUGCGACACUGCGCGAUCCCACGUCCCUGCUGCCAUGCGCGUCGCCGACGACAGAGGGCUCGCCCUCCUGGUGCCAGGCAGCCCCUAG